GGGCCUGUGGUGGGAACCAUGAUGGCGGCGGCGCUGGGCCGCGCGGUGUUGGGGGCACCGGCGGGGUUUCUUCCCCUUCUCCUGCCCAGGGGGCUGAGCCUCUCGGCCCCGCGGGAGACCGUCGUCGUAGAGCGCUGGUGGAAAGUCCCGCUGAGCAAAAAAGGCUGGGAGCCUCGCAUCAAACACCCCCGUUUCCGCGUCUUCCGGCUGGUGGAGGACCUGAAGCACCGGCCCAAAGAGCCCCUCGAACUCAUCCUCACUGAACCGGUGGAAGACGUGGGAAACCGCGGCGAAACCGUCUUGGUCCACCGGUCUUUCGGCCGUAACCAUCUCCUCUUCCACAACCGGGCCGUUUACGCCUCACCCGAAAACAAGAAGUUUUUCGAAGAGGAAAACCGAUUACGUGAAGAGGGGAAGUUGCCAAGAUUACAAAGCCACAGCGGUAUGAAGACUGUCCGGUUCCUGAAGAAUUGCACCCUGGAGAUUGGUGUGAACGAGUGUGACCAGUGGGAGCUGACGAAAGAAAUUGUCUGCCGGCACUUUCUCCGCAAUCUGGGAAUUGUAGUGCCCCCCCAGGCGCUGACUCUCCCGGAAGAACCCAUCACCCAACUGGGCAGCUACUGGUGCGACGUCACGGUGAACGGCCUCGACACCGUCCGCGUCCCACUCUCGGUGCAGCCCUUUGCCGAACCGAAAUCCAGCAGCCAGCGGCUUCGGCUCGCCCAGAAGGAACCAGAACCCGCCAAGAGGGAAGCGGGGAAACUUUGAGGCCACCACGAAAGAGGGACCUUUUUUUUCUCUCUCUCCACAGCUCUAAAAUCGGAGCUUAGGAUUAUUUUAUUUCUAGCCCAAAACUCCCUUUUUUGGGGAGGGGGGGGGGUUGGAUUUCCUUGAGCUGGGCACGGUGGGCGAAGCCAGCUGCUUUGGGGGUCCCUUAAAAGUCUUUCCGGGGGGACGACGACGAGGGGGUCCUGCUUUGGCCCAGAAGCGGGAAGAGGCCUCGGGAACCGGCGAAUAAAACAUCCCCCUCU